AAAUGAUAAAAUAAAUAAUAAUUUUCAUUAAUUUCUGAGUUACAGCGUAAAAAGAAUAAAUUUAUGUUUAUAUUUAUUAGAUGUUAAUGAAAAAUAUUGAAAAGAAAAUAUCUAAGAUAUAUGCUUUUAGACACGUAUACUUGUUAAAUUCGACAUUAAAUAUUUCUGUUGAUUAAUUCUAAUUAAUUAAAAUUUAUACAAAAUUUUGUACCUUGGUAGUUUACAUCGAUAAGUCGAGGAGUGGCAAAUUAAGCUGAAUACGUAAGCUAUUCUGUCUCAGAAGCGAUCUUCAGUAAACUUUUAAUCAACAUGCCUGUCAACGGAGUUCGUGUACUGCCGGACAUACCGAAGAAUAUGCUGAACAUGGAGAUCUUGAUUCGAGAAUUCGAGACUGGCUCGAUGUCGGCUAAUGGCUGUCGGGAUACCGCAUCGAAAGCGUCAAGUUUGAAGGACGGUAACUUCGUCAAGAAGAUCGUCGAAGCUUACGAGUCAAGCGUAUGGAUGGCUAACGAGAAUAGUCAGCGGGAACGAGUUAAGGAAAGAUCCAAUUCCUUCAACACUUUUGAUGUCAUUCACAAUCGGAAAAGCGACUCGAGUCUCACAAUAUAUGACGCACCAAGCUCGCAAUGUCGAAAGAACUUAAACGAAAAAUUCGAGAUCUUUUCGACUCCAUUCGAGUCACACGAGGUCGAAGAUGAUUUCGUAAUUUUUAAUCGGUAUCGUUCGGAGAGCAGCGAGAAAACGGGGACAUGGAUGAGAUCUUCUUCUAAAAUCAAUAUGUACAGCUCCAUGGGCGAGCUAUUGACGAAUGCACACUCUAACCCUUUGAAAAGGAGUGAAACAUGGAAUCUGAAGAAAAGAGAUCAAAAGUUGAAUGCUAAAACGAAGAAUAAAGUAAUUUGCUCAAGCCCUUUGGAGGAUGUUGAAGACAAAGAUUUAAAUUGCGAGGAUCCUCUUGACGAUAUCUUGACAAGUUCUUGCGACUCUAGCAGCAAUAACAGCUACAAAAACUUCCAAACCAAUCUGUACAACUUCGAAAAGGAACAAUGGCAGCCUGAGUUCGCCUCGACUUCAUUGUCAUCGUUAAAAUCUUGCUCGGAAUUGUCGCGCAAUAAUAUAAAUAGUGCUGAUGAUAGUCUACUGGACUCAUCUUUCCAAGACGUAACUGUUACAUCUCCUAAGGAUACUCUGAAGAUCCGAGAGAAUCUUCAAGAUUCUGAACCGGUUUCAAGUUUGUCGUCUGAUUUCGACCAGAAGUUGUCGCGAACAGUUGCCGCUUCGUUGAAUGACGAUCAACUGAUCAAUAUCGACAACGAUAUCCGCAUGACGUGGAUGUCAACACUGGGCAAGAAGUUGUCGCGAAAGAGACCGCUGAAAAAGUUGUUGGAGUCAUUCAACACUAAGUUAUCGAUCUAUAAGAAAGUCUGGAGAAAAUCAAGCAAAUCAGCAAAGAAGCAGCCGAAGGAGUACAACUCCGACUCGGGAUUUACCGAACGAUUUCUGUCCUCAUCGUCCUCUUCCUCGCGCAAGUCUUGGUGCUCCGAUCCCGAUGUUGAAGGGGAGCCACCGGCACCGCCGACUUUUACGACCUUCGGCCGCACGAGAAACACUUGCGUCAGUGACAAAACCUGGCCAAAGAGUUCUCGCAUGAUCCUUAUUGAAGUGCCCCGCAAAGAAUUCACGAGCGAUUCUAAGCCUUUCGACUCAAGCCUCUGGGUUCAACCCCGUUCAACCAUCUCCCGCAAAGAGAACUGCGAGACUGUUGAACCAUCACUGAAGAGCACAAUGCUCCCGAGUUCUUCAAAGUUCGAGGUCUCCUGCGGAUACCCGCCGCUUUCUAAGCACCCUUAUCUGACCCGAAACGGGAUCCCCAAACAUCCCUUCGUCGCAAAGACAAAGCUGGAUCAAGAGACAGAGGAAAAGUCGAUAGAGGAAGAAGAGAUGAAAUGCGACGCAAAGGAACGGGAAUCUGAUACGCGGGAGUUGGAAUCUUCAAAUACGUCUUCUAUAAUUCAAACUGAACUGCAUCUCUCGUGCUCCAAGAUGUCCGAGAAAUCGUUGGGUUUAUCUCCAAAUAUAAACUGCGAUUUGUUGAGAUCACGUCCGUGCAAGUCAACGUCGGAACUCGAUAGGCUCGUUCCUAAGCAAACACCGAUCCAUAAUAUCCAUAUGUGCAGUACAGAAUUCUUAUCUACUAUGCAUAAUAAUCGAUACAUGAAGAAAGAGUCGGCUUCUUUUGACCGUUAUGCCACCGUGACUCCGAAGAACCUGAGAUUCUUCAUGUCGCGGGAGAAAUCACAAGCAAUCGAAAGGAGUCUCAACGCCUAGAAGGACAUCGACAACAUUUCCCCUCAGGACGGACUUUCGACUAGGUGGAAUUUUCCAGAUCACGAUUUAAUUAAACUUCGUCGCCGAACUACGUGACGCUGGAUAGUAAUUAAUUUAAAUUACGGUCGAGCUUUUCACAAUCGAGUGUUUAAAAAUUACUUUACAACCGUUCGACAUGUAUUUAUGAUUCAAACUGUGCACGUCACUUCACUUAGUUUUAGGGUCGAUUCUUAAUUUUAUUGGCGCCCUUAGGCCGACGUGAUUUGGAUUUAUGCCGAUUUCUAGCAUCCGUUGCUUACGCCGGAAUAGUCGGCAGAUCAUUGGCAGACGAUGAAUUUAGUCGCAUCAAUCCACUUUGACGUAUUGAUAUUAAUUAAUACCGCAAAUACUGUUGUUAAUACUCGUUAAGCUCAAUAGGAUUCCAACUUAAUGAGAGAAUUUUGACUGAUAAUUUAAUUUAUCUAUUUAUUUAUUUAUUUAGUAAGCCAUUUACAUUUUUCUAUGACAGUGCUCAACGAAGUUGAGUGUCUUUUUUGUGUCUUAUAAUAAUUAUCUUUUAUAUAUAGAUAUUCUUUUUUACUACUUUAUUGUUUUAUACUACCGAUUUUGAUGCGAUACUUGCUAUAUUUGCAUGGUAAAAUGCAAUCUAUUAGAAACCGAUAAUAAGGUGAUUUAAAAAGUUAAAAAUUCCACUUGUACGCGUUUAUCUACUUUUUUUGAAAAUAUACAGUACGAGCACUCGGACAGAUUUUUACCAAAGAGAAGCUAAAUGGUAAUGUAAUUAAAUUUUUGAAAGUUUUAUCGAAAAAAGUAAUAUAGUAAUACCUUACACAUUUUUUGUAAAUUUCGCGAAUUGGCAUUGCGCAUGAAAUAGCAUUGUUAAUCUUUCAUGUAACAUUCUUAACUUUUUUAAUAUUUUAUUUAAUAUUUUAUUGAAUUUUUCUGUGUUUUUCAUAUUGCACAAGAGGUAAAAGGAAUAUGGCAUUCGCGAAUAGUUCUAUUUUCUUGUCCGUUUCUCUCGUCGAAAUCGGUAGGUUUUGAUACAUGACAGAUUCGUGAUAUUGUGCAUCUCGUUCAUUUCUCGCGAAAUGACCGAAGAAUAUAAGCCAUAUGAGGAGCGGUCAUGUAAUCUUUAUCCUGACAAAGAUACUCUUCUCGAGUCUUUCGUAUUUCUUCCAGAAAUGUUGAAGAUCUCGAGUAGCAGUAUACGGAUUGCUAGUUGUACAAUAGCGAUUUCACAGCUUUUCACGUAGAAAGUUAUAUUGUAAUUUAUGUAUAAUGAAAUGUAGAAAUAAGUGACAUUUUGAUACGAUAUUGUAUAUGAUUGAUUGUGCAUAUAUGUUCGAGAGUUUAAUAUAUAUAGAAUGUCUCAUUUAACUUUAGAACCUUACAGUCCUUCAAAUAAAUAAGUCUUCCUAAUAAAGCUUUUUUAAU